AAAAACGUGAGAGAAGACAAAUGAUCGAGGCAGUUCCGUUAUUUGCGGCGACCAAACCAACUAGUGUAAUGUGUGACCAGCUCGUCGUCACCAGGAAAAGAACGAGAGAAGAAACUUCAUACUCGUCGACCAAAAAAAACACGACCAAUCCACUUACCUCCAGGAAGCUGGGUCCCCCCCAUCAAUUCUCAACCUUUUUUUCCUAAAUAUCGACAAAUUAAAUAAACUUUUCUUCAUUGAUCGUCGAUCAAUCUUUUUGAGUAUUGAGGGGGUCCCGAUCCAGUGUAUUGGUUUCUGUUUUUAUUUUGUUCUUCUCUUCUUUUUUUCCUCAGGAUUUUUCCUUGAUUUCUUUAUUUUUCCCGGGAAAUUUUGGUUGGGAUUACAUAGAUGUGGGGAGCCGCAGCUGAGCCAGCAGAUUCUUACUACCAAGUCCGUCCCGAGUGCACCGAUGUACCCAAGACCAGAUUCAAAAUCAAGCCUGGUAAAACUCUAAGUGUAAGAAAAUGGCAGGCUGCAUUUGUUCAAGAAGGGUCCCUCGAUAUUGGCAAGACUCUAAGACGAAUCCGAAGAGGGGGAAUCCAUCCAUCAAUUAGAGGCGAAGUAUGGGAAUUCCUACUUGGCUGUUAUGACCCAAUGAGCACUUUCGAGGAAAGAGAGCAAAUCCGACAACGCAGAAGGCUGCAGUAUGCUUCUUGGAAGGAGGAGUGUAAGCAAAUGUUUCCUGUGAUUGGAAGUGGAAGAUUUAUUACUGCUCCUGUGAUUGCUGAAAAUGGUCAACCCAACCAUGAUCCUCUUGUACUUCAAGAAAUAAAUUUAGGUACAAACUCAAAUGGUUCAGAUUUCUUCAAAGAGCUCACAAGUCGUGGACCUCUCGAUAAGAAAGUUAUUCAAUGGCUGCUAACACUUCACCAGAUAGGUCUUGAUGUGAACCGUACAGACAGGGCCUUAGUAUUUUACGAGAGAAAGGAGAAUUUGUCGAAGCUCUGGGAUAUUCUGUCCGUUUACGCCUGGAUAGACAAAGAUGUUGGGUAUUGCCAAGGAAUGAGUGAUCUUUGUUCCCCAAUGAUUAUUCUUCUUGACGAUGAAGCUGAUUCCUUUUGGUGUUUUGAGAGGCUUAUGCGUCGAUUGCGAGGAAAUUUCCGCAGCACCGGGAGAUCUGUUGGAGUUGAAGCUCAACUUACUCAUUUGUCUUCGAUUACUCAGAUUAUUGACCCCAAACUUCACCAACACUUAGAUAAACUGGGUGGAGGUGACUAUCUCUUUGCGAUUCGGAUGCUAAUGGUUCAAUUCCGAAGAGAAUUCUCGUUUUGUGACUCUUUGUACCUUUGGGAGAUGAUGUGGGCCUUGGAGUACGACCCCAACCUCUUUUACGUAUAUGAGGCGCAACAAUGCGGGAGUGAGAAAACCGAGGAGUCCAAAGGUACACGGAAGUCAAUUAAACAAUGCGGAAAGUAUGAGAGGCAAAACAUGAGGAAUGGUGGAAAAAGCACGGAAGGUCCUUUGCCUAUAUCGGUUUUCCUGGUGGCCAGUGUCUUGAAAGACAAGAGUUCUAAGCUAAUGACUGAAGCUCGUGGACUCGACGACGUUGUUAAGAUACUUAACGACAUGACUGGAAACUUGGAUGCUAAGAAAACAUGUUCUGGAGCCAUCAAAAUUCACAAGAAAUACCUAAGAAAGGCUAAGAAAUAGCAUUGGCGAACAAUCCAAUGAUUCUCCGGCUUAAAUCCGUGAUAUCAUGGAAGUUUUCUAUAGUCUUUUCUAACGAUUCCUUGGGUGUAAAGUACUCUGGAAGAAUCUUGGAGCCUUGAAUUACUCUCUAACAUAUACACACACACACAAAAAAACACAAUUUGUAAGCUGUUCAUAAAAGUUGAUGUUGCAUAUAUAUAUGAACAAUCAUGAUGUGUUUUUUCAAUUUACCAAAUGGGAAACUAAAGAAGGAAAAAGACUGUAUUUAUUUAUUUAAGUUCACAAUGCUCAUCUUCUGUUCUACAAAGAC